AUGGUCAAUCGGUUCAGAGAGCUCUUCGCCUUGGUCCCGGAACGUACCUUUUACAUCUCUGGUGCCCCCCAAUGCCCGAUACCCGACCCUCAACUCGGUGAUGCGAUUGCCCAAUCCCCCUUUGACUUCGUUUGGGUGCAAUUCUAUAACACUGCUGGCUGUGCCGCUAGUGACUCUAUCAAUGGUGUCAGCACCGGCUUCAACUUUGACGACUGGGUGGAUGUCAUCAAGCGUGGAGCCAACCCGGACGCAAAGCUCUAUGUGGGAUUGCCUGCCGGUCCCGCUGCAGCAGGAACUGGAUACUAUCUGACCCCGGAGGAAGUCUACCCUCUGGUGAAUGUGUAUAUGAACCUCUACCCGGAGACGUUUGGAGGUAUCAUGCUUUGGGAAGCAACGGCUUCGGAUGAGAAUACGUUCAAUGGGCUCACAUUUGCCGACUUAAUCAAAGACAUCCUGGUUGCAGUUGAUCCUUCGCCACCGGUUCCCAGCCCUUCGUCUAGCAGUGCUAUCGCCUCAAGCACACCUGCGGCGUCGAGUACCCCUGUUGCGUCAAGCGCUCCUGCUUCAUCCACCUCGACUCCGUCAAGCAGUCCAGUUCCGUCAAGCUCUGCUGUUUCCACUCCCGCGGUUUCGAGUACAACCGAGUCUUCCAGUACUCCUGUGGUGUCAAGCAGCGUCUCUGCGUCAAGUAGCCCUAUCGCAUCAAGCCCUGUGGCGUCGAGCUCUUCAAUUCCGUCCAACACUGCUAUUGCCUCCAGCACUCCUGUGGCAAGCAGCGCGCCCGUGACCACCAGUACCGCUGGUGCUUCCAGCUCCCUGAUUGUCCCUAGCUCCCCAGUUGCCUCUAGCCCUGCUGUUCCCUCCAGCUCUGCUGUUACAUCUAACACUCCCGUGGCCUCCAGCUCUGUUGUCGCCUCCAGCUCUCCUAUUGUGUCAAGCAAACCGGCAGCAUCUAGCUCUGCUAUCCUUUCCAGCACCCCUGUGGCGUCCAGUGCCCCCGCUGUCUCUAGCUCUCCUACUGCAUCUGGAUCCACUAUUGCGUCCAGCUCUGCUAUUGCGUCCAGCUCUGCUAUUGCGUCCAGCUCUGCUAUUGCGUCCAGCUCUGCUAUUGCGUCCAGCUCUGCUAUUGCGUCUAGCAAGCCAGCAGCAUCUAGCUCUGCCAUCGUUUCCAGUACUCCGGCGGUCAGCACCCCUGUGGCAUCCAGAACUCCCGUUGUCUCUAGCUCUGCUAUUGCAUCCAGCUCUCCUGUUGCGUCUAGCACUCCGGGAGUAUCUAGCUCUCCUGCUGUGUCAAGCACCCCAGCAGUAUCAAGCAGCCCUGCUGUCUCGAGUUCUCCUGCGGCAUCGAGCACUCCUGCCAUGUCAAGCAGCCCGUCUGCAUCAAGCACCCCCAUCAUUCCAAGCUCGGCUGUCAGUUCUGCCGUUGCAUCGAGCUCUCCCAUUCCUUCGAGCUCCAUUGUAAGGUCGAGCACUCUGCUUCAUUCCAGCUCACCGGCUCUGUCGAGCACUCACACCUCCAGCAAUCCUGUGGUGCCAAGCAGUCCAGCCAUUUCCCUCACUCCUUCAAGCACACCUGUCCGUUCAACUUCAUCUGUUGCUCCAGGAAAGUCAUCCAGUGUCCCUAUUAUUUCCAAGCCAUCCUCCACGGUUAUUGCGAGUUUCACCAGUUCUUCUGGGCCAUUGCCCUCUUCCAGCGCUCCUGCUGGGACCGGGGUUCCAUCAUCUACCCUGUCACAUCCGUCUAGCACACCGUUGCUGUCAAGCUCACCUGUCAGCUCUGCCGAGCCGGUCUCUUCAAGUUCUGCUGUAGGAUCCAGCGUGGGUUCCUCGUCCAGUGUGGUUCCUGAAGUGUCGACCAGGUCAAGCUUGUCGGUUGUUCCCCCCAGCACGCCCAUCGCAUCGGUUUCGGGAACAACAAUCGUGUCUGUUACUACUUCGUCAAGUGGAUCGGGCAGCCCCACCGUGUCAAGCUCUGUCAACACGUCGAGCACAGAUGCUUCAACACGUGCUUCUGCCACUUCCGUGGAGUCUACUUCCUCGGGAUCGGUGAUUACAUCGGUGACUCCAUCCGGCGCCCCUCAUGCGUCAAGCUCCACCAGCUCCGUUGUUACCACUAUCUCAUCGGUGCCUUCUGACAGCUCGUCCUCGUCUGGUAAUGAAAUAACAUCGAGCACCGAGUCUGCUAGCUCAACAUCAAGCCAGACUGGAGCGAAAACAACUUCCGUUGCUUCAGGCAGCUCGGCAGCAGCCAGCACCUCAACCUCCGGUGCCGCUGCGAAUGGCUCGGGUGCUCAGGACAGCACAAAGUCUACUGAUCACGCCAGCACCUUUUCCUCGUCGUACUCGACUCCCUUGGCCAGCGUUUCAAGACAAACAGACGGCGCAACUACUGUUCCAACUGGUGUACCAACCGGCAACGGCAGUGGACUCGCUCCGAUUACUUCCAGCAUCACAUCUGCCCCGGCGGUACCUUCGGUGACGUCCAGUGGCUCGGAGUCGGAGCCCACCAUCACUACCACGGUCAUUGUGACUUCUUACAUUGACAUCUGCCCCGAAGGGUUCACCACGAUCACCACGACUUAUACCACUACCUACUGUCCUGCAACGGCGUCUGCCACAGCCACCGUCACCAACCCUCCCGGCGCUCCAGCGCAGACCACUAGUCCCAGCGUCCCUGAGGGCUGGACGACGACUGUGACCGUAUGCACUCACUGCGCUCCCACACCGACUACUGUCACUCUUACUUUGCCGGCCACCAAUCGGCCAUCAGGGCUGGCGUCCUCGACCAGCGCACCCUACUCUCCUGAAGACUGGACCACUACGGUCAGUGUCUGUACCGACUGUGGCCCUACACCUACCACGGUCACGGUCACGGUUCCCGUCAGCGCUGCAACAGGUGUCGAUGCUUUGACUGCCAAUCCUUCCGGCAGUCAGUCUACCGGAGAGAGCUCGCCCGGCCAAAGUGCCCCUACAGCCCCUACAGCCCCCGCGUCAACAGCCCCCACCACGACUGCGACGGUCAUUGUGGCCCCGAGCCAAUCGUCAACCAGCCAGCCGGUGAUUCUUGGAACCGGCAGCGUCCGUGCCUCAUCGACCUUCCAUAUCCAGCCAUCCCAGAGCGGAUCCCGAGUGCCUGUAGCUCCCAGCGGCACGGCCGCCGGCGUGUCGCCCGUAUUCACCGGCGCGGCUUCACGGGUGUCACAACUGCAACACGGCGCAGGUGCAGUGUCAGCGUUUGCGCUGUUCCUCUUGGCAGCCAUCUAG